AUGCCUGCGCCCAUGGUUGCCAUUAAGCGCUCAGAGUCGCCCGUCCCGCUACCUCCUCCCAAUCGCAGCCGGCGCGAAUCAAUCAAUCACAAUAUACCCGCCCCGGAGCACCAUCAGAUGCUAACACUUCCUCCGUUCUCUUAUGUCAAUGGACUGAGUGCAUUUACCCUCCACGGAAUGGGAGAGGAAUCCCCAACCGAGGCCUGCCCUCCGUCCAUGUAUCAUCAUCACCCGCCGGCAUCCUAUCAGCUAAAUACAGCCGCCCAUUCUGGGUUCAGCUCUCCAACUAGCAAUCACUCUAGCCCAAAUCCAUAUGGCGAUUUUAAUGCAUUCCCGCUCAGCCCACCGAGCACCGGCACAACCCUUUCCUCAGUCGUCUCUCAGCCACACAAUCCAUCACAUCAUGGCCCUUUGACUCACCAGCUGCCUCAUCAACCAUUGUCGCCCGCCGACUUGAGCUCCGGUAUCAGUCCAAACGGAGCAUUCGAAAUUACUCGUUCUGGUCAUCCUUACAAUUUACCCAACCAUCGUUACAGCCGGAGGGAAUCUUAUUCGACAACCGUUCAUGAUACUUCUUACGAACGCAGGCACUCCACUGUUUCAGUAGGGUCCUUGCGUAGUCCGCAGUCCAGUUCUCCUUACCCUACCUAUGCAUCAUUAGACCCCCACACGAGUGCACAAUCUCAGAUUUAUACUUUAGCCGAAGACCUCUCCAGCCAAGGGAUGUUUUACCUCGAUUCAGGGCGUCACACCGUGCCUCCACCUUCCGUCAUAGCCGCUUCCAAUGUUAUGCAGGCCGGGAUGAUGGCCGAGGCACCGCGCCUGACGCAAGGCCAGGUUCCCCAGAUGGUUACUUCUGCCCCUCCGCCUUCAAAACUUGCAACCAGGCAAUAUCGUAAGAAAACCCCGCCAGAAGUUUGUGCAGUGUGCCCCACUAAGGAUACCCCCGAAUGGAGGAAAGGGCCUUCUGGUUUACGAACCCUCUGCAAUGCGUGCGGGCUUGCUGCCGCCAAGCUUGGGCUCGGAGAUCCCACGUGUAUUGAGGACGUAUGGGCCCAGUUGCGUGAAAUAGGCAUCACUCGCUUUCGUGCGAGUUACGUUCUUGGAGAUCUCAAGAAAGCAGCGGCCGCUCAAAGCUGGGUAUCCCAGUCGCAAAAUGGCGGCCGUGCGGGUAACACGAGUCGCUAUUCGUAUUCGGCUUCGAAAAGCUCCCCUAAAAUCAAUGGUUUACAGUGCGUGACUGAGGCUGGUGACGUAGCACUGACGCCCAACAAGUGCGACUCGACUCCGCUCCGCCUGCUGGCCAAAUUCUUCUUGCCUACCACUCCAACACUUCCAAGACAUCAUCCAGCUCCAGCUUCCCCCACCAACUUGGCUCAGAAAAACAGGAUGAAUCGAUUCAGCUUUAGGACCGCGAUCGGCCUCUUGGUCAGCUCUUCACUUCUGUCGAACAGCGUCCUCGCUGGCUUAGAGGAUGCUAAGCACUCCACCAAACUGGAUCAUACCAACUUCGAUGCUCAAAUCCAAGUGCCAGAAGUCGGUGAGUUUGGUUUCCGAGUGUCCUUCACACCGCUCUACCGAUCUGCUUUUUGA